AAUAACACGCUACGUAAAGCGCCACGAUGCCACCCACGACCGGCCUGCACGGCACGACGGGUCCGCGACAGUUUUCUCUCAGCCCUGCCUUGCCCCUGCGCUGCCGGCCAGCCGCCACGCUUUAUGGGGCUCAGGCCAAACAUGCUUGUGCCGAUGCUAGCGCAACCUGGGCUGCUGCAAGUCACGCGUGCAGCAGUCGGGCUGCACCACGGGCCCGCAUGCGCGCCAGUGGGGCCGGCUCCUCCGACGCUGCCCAACCUGCACCAGAGCAACAGCCGCAGAGUUGGAACACGCUAGGGGUAUCGAACACUGGAGCCGAGGCUGCGGCGGGGCAGGGAGGCGUGGAGCCGCAGGCAGCAAUGCCUCACGGCCCCACCUGCGCGUGUUGCCAGCCAGGGCGCGGGGCCGGGCCCAUCCGCCAAGUCAUCACUUACGUUGACGGUGUGGUGCUGGAGGUGGAGUCGGCCGACGGCUCCGUGGUGUACUUGGACCAGGAGGACCAGAGCGGCGAGGCGGCGGCGGCGGCGGGCGGGAGAUGGGGGGCGGCAGGCGGGGCAUGGGGGGAGGCCGGCGUGGUGGUGGAGGCAGAGGUGGUGUCGGUGCCAACCGGCGCAGACGCGGCGCAAUACAUCGUUUUCGAAGGGGAGGAGGAGGAGGUGGAGGAGGAGGAGGCGGGAGCUGGAGGAAAGACGGGGACGAGGGAAGCGGGCGCAGCCCGGGCCGGCCGCUUCGUGCCGACGCCGGCUGUUGCGGGCCAACCGUUCGUGUACGUGCCUGACGUGGAGCUGCGCGGCACUGGGCACAGCGACAGCCCAAGCAUUUAUUGAGGCAGUGACAGGAGUGCAGCGGAAGACGAAGGAAGGAUGGCAAGAAGUGCAGGUUUGAAGCGCUUGCCCGCUCUAUUGCUUGCCCGCCCUAUCGGAGUAGUCGGGGGUGGGAGCUUCACGUGCUAACUGCUGGUAGAGUGCGGGUGUGCGAUGGGACAGUGGUAAGGCAGGUUGGUGAAGUCCCGUAGGGUGCAGCUGAUUCCCAAACCCCAGCAGAUGGCAAACAAUUCGCAACGAUGCAAUUUGCCGGUAGAGUGCGGGUCUCUGGGUCCUGCAACACAGGGGCACACAGUAUACUAGCUGCACCUGCGUUGUUUGCAUUGCUCCUGCUCGGCUGCUCCUGGUCGCGGGCGGUUGCUGCUGUGGAUCGCUGAUAUGAGUAUGCUGUUAAGGAGACACUGCGAAUCAGUGCAUUACCGUAGUGUGUUCUCCCGGUAGCGAUGGCCUGGCCUGUGGUCUGGGCAGUGGCAUCAGCAGUUAGCACCAGAUGUAACGGUAACUCCUA